UCUGCCACACCAAUGUGCUCGAGUUUCGAGGAGGAAAGCAGCAACCCUAGCCCUGGGCCUAAGCUACCUAAAAAUGGCCUCUUCAGAAAAAAUGGAUGAUGCUAGUGAAGAGAUCCGCAGACGACGGAAGCAUGGAAUGCUGAAGCUUUACUAUGGAAUGGAAGACACAAGUAAGGAGAACCAGGAUUCGAAUCCCAUUGACAUCAACGGAGCUCAGUUUGAUCCACAGGUGUACCUUUCAAGGUUGAUGAAGGAAAAGAGACUAAACGAGUUGAUUGACAGGGAAAGUGACAUGGUGAAACAAAUCCGUUCCCUUGACAGUGACAUGCAAACACUUGUUUAUGAAAAUUAUAAUAAGUUUAUUAGUGCAACAGAUACCAUUAGGAAGAUGAAAAAUGAUUUCAAAAAAAUGGAAGAUGAGAUGGAUCGACUAGCAACAAACAUGGAUGCCAUUACCGAAUUCAGCGCAGGGAUUAGUAACACAUUGCAGGAGAGACGACAGCAAAUAUCCAAGCUCAGCGGAGUUCAUUCACUCCUUAAAAAGUUGCAAUUUCUAUUUGAACUUCCUGCGAGGUUAAAGAAGUGUAUUGAAAUGAAAGCAUAUGGACAGGCCGUCAGAUACUACGCCAAGACAAGAGCUGUCCUCAACCAAUACCAACACAUGCCGUCCUUUCAUGGUAUACAGCAAGAUUGUAGUGAAAUUGUCGCUGAGUUGCGAUCAAAGCUGCGAGAGCAAUUUAGAGACAAAGAGUCAACUCCAAAACAGCUUGCAGAGUGUGUUGACCUUCUGUUGCAGUUGAAGGAGCCCGCAGAUGAGCUUUGCGAUGAGUUUUUGGCACGUGCCCAGGAGAAACUUGAUGAAGAUCUGUCUGAAAUGUCUGCCCAAGUAAAUCCUACAAGUGUUCUAGAAGUUUCCACACCAGAAGAUGAAAUGGUAGAGUCAUCAGAAAAGACUGAUGAAAGACCAUCUGAGAAGUAUAUGAGAAAUAUGCCAAUGGAUAUUUUGGAAUUCAUUCACAAAGGUUGUACUAGUUUCCUUGGUAACAUCUGUCUAGUGAUUGCAUCUUACAAGGAACUGUUCGUGAACAGGCAAACUCAUUCAGAUCCUCAGGAGCAGGAGCAACUGCAGGAAAUAGCCCACUCCAAGUUGGCAGAGUUUGUCAAGUCCAGGAUGGAGCAGUAUUUCUCCUGCGUUGAGCUAAGGAUUCAAGCUGAGAAGGAAUCGGUUGAGAACUCGAUGCUGGUCAGAGCUCUAGACAGGUUCCAUCGCCGUCUCCAAGCUGUUGACAAGCUUCUUCCUGAGCUCAAUAUCAUCGUUCGAGGUACAGAAAUCGUAGCCAAUGCUGCCCGAGAGAGGUCGCUAUUCUACCUUGAAGGAUUGAAGAAUCAUUUCAUUGAAUGCACAACUGAUGUGCGACAGAAGCUAUGUACACCGCGACUCAUAGGGAAGCAGGAGACAUCAAACCUGAUGGAUAUGCUGACGAUGAUGUCAUCGUCAAUUGUUGAGCAAAUGAAAGUGGUUCUUGCCAACCUUCAGGGAUUCACAUCUUCAGACCUGACUUUUGCAAACACAGCUUACUUCCAGGGCACUUUCUGUGUUCAUGACGUCAGGGAAGUAGUGGUUGUUGGAUUUCUUAAGUAUUUGUUCAAGGCAUCGUGUGAUCUUUGUGAGCGUAGUGGUGAGAAAGGGUCGGCCCCAGCAGCAAUUAUUCUGCUUCUGUCGAGACUCCACAUGGAUUUUAGCAACACAACAAUCUCACAAAUUGUUACAACAGCUGAUAACCAGUUUUCACUUGACCCACGCUGUAAAGUAACCCCUGCAGCUGACCUUGCAACUAAAGCUAAGAAAACAGCCCAGAAAUUACUUAACCAGUAUGUGCAGAUACAGGGAUUGCAGAUUUCACAGAUGUUACGGAAGAGUGUAGAAACCAGAGAUUGGUUAAACACAAUCGAACCUCGUAAUGUCCGUGCUGUUAUGAAACGAGUUGUGGAAGAUGUGACGGCCAUUGACACCCAAGUGGGACACUUGUACGAAGAGGGUGUGCGCAAGGCACAUAGCAGCGAUUCAAGCCGUAGGCUAAGCCUGAGUUCAGCCCGACAUCACAAGAAAGAAAUGCCAAGAAACUACACCCCAAGCACAAAUUUUGACAACAGUCUCAUGACCAAUAUUCAGAAGUUAUUUUCAGAACGGAUUGAAAUUUUCAGUGCUGUAGAAUUCUCCAAAGUUUCUGUACUUACCGGUAUCAUCAAGAUUAGUCUUAAGACAUUGUUAGAAUGUGUUCGUCUAAGGACAUUUGGUCGCUAUGGGCUACAACAAAUGCAAGUAGAUACACACUAUUUAGACAUGUACAUUUGGAGAUUUGUAAGCGAUGAAAAUUUGGUUCACUUUCUUCUUGAUGAAAUUGUUGGCAGUACUAUCCAUCGUUGUCUUGACCCCAUCCUCAUGGAACCCAGUGUCAUUGAGGUGAUUUGUGAGCGAGGUUAAAUAGAUACAUGUUCAGGGCACAACUCAGGCCUGGUGACCACAGCAACAUUUCCAUGUGUGGACCAAUAAGCUGGAUAUAUGUGCAAUAUCAUUUCACACCAUCCUUGAUGUAAAAGAAAUAUAAAAAGUAUGAGCUAUAUUGUACAAAGUGAAUAUUACUUGAAAGUUUAUAAUCUUGUUCAUUCAGCAUUUAAAAAACAGGGGAAAAUUACAGUAGUUUGUAUUAUACAGUAGAAAAUCAAAAUAGUGAUUGGGGGCUGGGGGGUGCCAAGUGCAACAUUACUCAUUAUGUAUUUGGAACAAGUUACCACACACUGCAGUCACAUCAUCAACCAAUUUUUAGAAGGAAACCGUUGCAACUAUGAAUAUCAUGCUUCCUCUAACAGAGCCACAAGUUCAUGUAAGCUGCAAUUAGAAGUCAGAAUUUCUUUCAUGACUUUCAGUGCAAUGCGACAAAAGUUGAACCAUUUUUAACUUCAG